AUGGCGGCGUCCUCUCUGGAGCAGAAGCUGUCCCGCCUGGAAGCAAAGCUGAAGCAGGAGAAUCGCGAGGCCCGGCGGAGGAUCGACCUCAACCUGGAUAUCAGCCCCCAGCGGCCCAGGCCCAUUAUUGUGAUCACUCUAAGCCCUGCUCCUGCCCCGUCCCAACGAGCAGCCCUCCAGCUCCCACUGGCCAAUGAUGGGGGCAGCCGCUCACCGUCCUCUGAGAGCUCCCCACAGCACCCCACACCCCCUGCCCGGCCCCGCAACAUGCUGGGGCUUCCGUCAACCUUGUUCAUGCCCCGCAGCAUGGAGAGCAUCGAGAUUGACCAGAAGCUGCAGGAGAUCAUGAAGCAGACGGGCUACCUGACCAUCGGGGGCCAGCGCUACCAAGCAGAAAUCAACGAUCUGGAGAACCUGGGGGAAAUGGGUAGCGGCACGUGUGGCCAGGUGUGGAAGAUGCGCUUCCGGAAGACGGGCCAUGUCAUCGCCGUCAAGCAAAUGCGGCGCUCUGGGAAUAAGGAGGAGAACAAGCGGAUCCUCAUGGACCUGGACGUGGUGCUCAAGAGCCACGACUGCCCCUACAUCGUGCAGUGCUUCGGCACCUUCAUCACGAAUACGGAUGUCUUCAUUGCCAUGGAGCUCAUGGGCACGUGCGCUGAGAAGCUCAAGAAGCGGGUGCAGGGCCCCAUCCCUGAGCGGAUCCUGGGCAAGAUGACGGUGGCGAUCGUGAAGGCAUUGUACUACCUGAAGGAGAAGCACGGCGUGAUCCACCGUGACGUCAAGCCCUCCAACAUCCUGCUGGACGAGCGGGGCCAGAUCAAGCUCUGUGACUUUGGCAUCAGCGGCCGUCUGGUUGAUUCCAAGGCCAAGACGCGCAGCGCCGGCUGUGCCGCCUACAUGGCCCCGGAGCGCAUAGACCCCCCGGACCCCACCAAGCCGGACUACGAUAUCCGGGCCGAUGUGUGGAGCCUGGGCAUCUCCUUGGUGGAGCUGGCAACAGGACAGUUUCCCUACAAGAACUGCAAGACAGACUUUGAAGUCCUCACCAAAGUCCUACAGGAAGAGCCCCCACUCUUGCCCGGCCACAUGGGCUUCUCAGGGGACUUUCAGUCCUUCGUCAAAGACUGCCUUACUAAGGAUCACAGGAAGAGACCAAAGUAUAAUAAGCUACUUGAACACAGCUUCAUCAAGCGCUACGAGAUGCUGGAGGUAGAUGUGGCAUCCUGGUUCAAGGACGUCAUGGCGAAGACUGAGUCACCGAGGACUAGCGGAGUCCUGAGCCAGCACCACCUGCCCUUCUUCAGGUAG